UGCGUGAUUGGAAGCACAUAUGAAGGCCUAUGCAUAUAAAGCGUGUCAUCCUCGAACGAACAUUCUCUUCUCCACCUCCACCCAUCUAUACUAAAGUCACUCUACUUCCCUCUCGGCUAUCAAAAAGCACUGCUAAGAACCAUGGUCAACCUCGCCCUUGACAACCAUCCGCGCCUCAAGCUACGCUUGCACAUCAUCGUCGGCGCUCUCAUCACCCUGACCUUCAUCCUGAUCAUCGCCCGAGUCGCCGACAAAGGUACCCCGGCGACCCGGACCAAUACCUGGGGCAUAGCAGUGGUAAACUUCCCUCCCCCCGUACUCUUGUCCGAGUCCCCGCCCGUAUCGGCUCGGUUCUCACAAUGGUCUACACAGUGCGUCAAAGCAGCAGUCUUCCUAGCCUACCAAACCCUCACCACCUACCACGAGCGCUUCAAACGGUGGGCCAACCCCCGCGCGAACAUGAUCAUGGACAUCAUCGACACGAUCUUCUGGUUCGCCUUGUUUAUUAUCAGCAUCAUGGGCGCGAGUGGAGGGCAUACUACAAGUAGUAAGGCGCUGGGUGGGAUUGUGGCCGUGUUGGCGCUAACAUUGUGGUGAGUCUUCCGGUUUCUUCUGAUGAUGAUGGCAGGGUGACUGAUAAAGAAGGUGCAGUGGGGUAGUUGGAUUGCUGGCCUUUGUGUGUGUGCAGGAUUGGAGGUAUUUCAAGGUGCAUGGCGUGGUGCCGGGGGUGGUAAAGUCGCCUUGCUGAGAGGGGUU